AUGGCGCCGCUGGCCACGGCGGGGCUCCGAGCUCCGGGGCUCGGCCAGUGGAGCAGGUCCGCUCCACCCUACCUUGGAGUAAAGACACAGGCUGGCUCCCAGACUUUCUUCUGCAACAGCUGGACCAUCUCUCUGUUAAGCUUUGGGGAUUUGCUGGAGGCGCAAACACAGAUCAUAAUUAUUCAAGUUCUCCUCUGCACCCCAGAUACUGACCCUGCUUGCCUGAACAGUGCAAACACACCCGCACCGACCAAAGGGGGAAAAGGAAACUGUGGUACAGCAUUGCCACAGUGGAAUGCAAAAUCAAUUUCAGGAAAGAGAUAUUUAUUACAGUUUACAAGUCCACAGGAACAAGCUAUCAAGAUUAUGGAAAACUCAAUUACCCUGCUGCCUUAGAAGAAUGGAGGUAUUAUGUUAGAAGAAAGACAUACAACUCAGACCCAAAUGGCAUGUGGUAACAGUGGACCCAGCCUGAGAGUUACAAGUGUAACUUCACUACUACAACUGCCGCAGACCAGCAAACUAAAUGGGUUUGGAAGAGGACAUGGAUACAGGAAGAUGAUGGAGUGCACACUGAGAACAAUAUGGUUUUGAAUAUGGCUCAGAAGGCCCUGGGUAUUUCAAUUUAAGUUUUGUGGUUAAAUUUUUGCUGAUUGAUCUGAAACACAUUUUGGUUUUGUUGAUUUUUCUAGAUAUUGAUUGAGGGGUUGAUAUGUUCUUACAUUUAACUUUGCUAAUCGGUGAUCAUGAUGACCCAUUUUGUUCAUUAAAAUUUUAUAUAUGCAUAUAU